GCUGUGCUGCAAGAGAUUUAUAGGGCUUGAUUCACUCCACAUCUCGUCUUGUUUGUGCGAACCUCACACCUCGACACUCAUAUAGCUCACCCCCACGGACUAUCAACACUAUAGCUAUAUACCUCCACCUUUAUUCUCCGUCUUGACUUUACGCUGCCUACCUUCUCAUCACCCUCUAAUACCUCUCCCGACAGUACCAUCAUCACAAUGGAUACACUACACCAACCUCAAGCAAUGCUCUCGUAUGAGCGCGGGAACAUGGAGCCAAGGUCAAGCACACACAAUCCGGCGUACCCAUCACCGUCCACGAAUUCCGACUCUGGGUCAUUCGCAUACGCAUCGUCUGAUGGCAUGGGCGCCAUGUAUUCAUACUCACACCCGCUAUCCGCAUGCUCCUCAUCGACGUCUCACUCGGCAAUGGUCUCUCCAAUGCCGUCCGAAGCUUGGUCGGCAAGCAUGACAACCUCGACGAUAAUGCCGGGCACGAUUGCUGAGUGCUGGCCAGCGCAGUAUGACCAUGUGCCGGCACCGCAGUCUCCAGUCCCAUGGUCGUCCAAUACAUUCUCGCCAUUUGGAACACCCAACAUCAUGGAGGGUAGACACAUGGUUAAUCAUCGGCUGGCUUCCCCACAGAGAUCCUCCACCUCGUCACACGACGAAAUGAUGCGCUCGCGAUCUGGAUCUGAGAUUCUUAUGCACACUCCAAUCAAAGCAGAGAACGAAUGGGUGUCUCAUGAUGAUAUCAUGUACCACAACGGCAUGACGAUAUCUCCGAGGACUCUGCAGACUGUCGAUGCGUAUAAUCAUGGCUAUCCUCCAAUGCACCCACUACUCUGCCACGAAGGUGGUCUCGGAAUUAGGACUCCUGUCUCUACCCUUUCCACCGAUGACAAAGAUAGCAAGAAGUCGGAACGUCGUGGAUCCAGCGGCUGUAGCACAACUCGUCGUAGGAAAGGUGGUCGCACCAAGUCAUUGACAGAAAAUGCGACUUUUAGAUGCGAAAUCUGCGGCAAAGUCUUCCAACGAGAGUACAACCGCAAAGCCCACAUGCAGACUCACAAUCCAUCGAGAGCCCGUCCUCAGGCUUGCGAAUAUCCCAACUGCGAUAAGAGCUUUGUCAGGAGGACGGAUCUGAUGCGCCACCAGGAGAGUGUUCACAUCAAGAACCGGCCCUUCGAGUGCACUGCCUGUGACGCUCGAUUCUCUCGCAAAGACACUCUUCAAAGACACGUCGAGGAUGGAUGUCCACGCCGAUUCGAUGUCAAGAGGCACGCUGCUAUGAAUGAGGCUCGAUCAAGAGGCGCACUCUAUUGAUGGAGG